AUGCUCUCAAAUGUCACCACCCUCUCAGACGAUGAGCCUUCCCACGAGAUUGUUCCAGCUAGUGCGCCAGCAUGCGCGCUGAAUCUAGAAGAUGCUGUUUGCAGGGAACGACCUUGCCGGAAGCGCAAGCUUUCUCCUGAGGAGCUUAGGUUGGCAGAGCGUGACAUCAAAAAAAAUGUUCAAACAGUUGUUUUCUCGACAUGCAGAUGCUCCAGAAAAGGUCGGAAGGCUACUAAGACCAACUGCUUUCAACCGUUCCGCGAAUCAGACAAGUUGGAGCAAAUUUGCAAGCUACGGUCAACAUUGCGCAGCAUGCACAAAGCAGAUGCAGACCAAACAGUGUACAACCUCUUGGCAAGUCGCCACGCGCUGAGCGAAGCGAGUGGUGCCGAACCUUGUCAGCCUGUGAGAAGACAGCGCAAGCUUCAAUUUCUGGGGCAUGGUGUGUGCGUUUCUGGUCUCAGCAGAAUCCUUGGCAUCGGUACUCACAGAGCCUCCAAGAUGAGACAGUCAAUCAAUGCUAAGCAAGAAUGCCCUGGAGACGGGCGGUUUGCUAAAGCCAAGUGUUAUGGUGAUGGGAGGCAAACCCACAAGCGAGAGGUCAUUCAUGACUUUUUGACCUACUUGUACACACAGGUCUCCGAGGCUAUGCCUGAGGUGGCGUCAGAUCGCCUUGGCGGCAGAAGGGAAGAGCUGAAGCUUCUUCGUUUCUCGAAACUGAGGGGUAAGCGGCCCCGGGUUGCUACCAAGCGUGACAGGCCACUGGUUGGGGAGCAAUCCAAGGCUGUCAGGCUGCUACCGCCUGGCAAUUACACAGACUACCUCAAGGUCCUGUGGUCGCGAGAGCCAGAUGUCAAGAUAAACUUGAGACUAUUCACGAAGGUUUGGGAGUCCAACUUUGGCUCAAUCCUGAAGAUACGCCCGGCUUCGCAACACAAACAAUGCUCAGAGUGCACGAAACACAAGUUCAUUAUGAAAAAGGUGGCACACAAUCGGAAUGCUGUAAAGGCACAAGCAGCUUUGUGGAACGUUCACUUGGCUCGUCAGUAUUCAGACCGCGUCGGCUAUUGGACUAUGCGAGCAUCGAGCCGAUUGGGAGUCGAUGUGGCAGGCCAAAAGACCAUAACCUUGAUAAUAGACUCAAUGGACCGUUCCAAAUGGUGCAUUCCAAGGUCUGCAGUCCUGCAGGCAAAGGAUCUGGCAGGCCUGCAGAGGCCGAAUCUGGAUGUGACCACAAUCAUAGUCCACGGCCAUUUGGUCGGAGUUUACUUCGCUGAGCAAAGCAUUGUGAAGGGAUCGUCUUGGACGGUAGAACUUUUGGCCCACGUUUGCCACCUGUUGACUUUGAAAGGCCUGGAUCUCAGGCAGUACGAAUGCAGCGUACACGGUGACAACUGCAGCAAAGAAGUGAAGUCGAACUCGAUGGCGCGAUACCUGGGACUCAUGGUGGCCCGUGGGCGCCUUCGAAAGGCUCACGUUCAAACAUUACAGACAGGCCAUUCACAUGAAGAUAUCGAUCAAUUCUUCAGCUUGAUGGGAGCGUACCUCCAAACUCAGCGUGAGUUGCAUUGCCCCAGUGAGUUUGAGGAUUCCAUUGCCAGGUUUCUUUCAAACCGCUCUGUACGGCCAUUAGAGCCGCUGCGUGUUGUCGAGAGGGUCAGUCAGAACCGUGAUUGGAAACCAGGCGCCCGUGAUGAAGAUUUUUCUAUGGAGAGUGCAAGCAACUGUUUACCUGAUAGCCCGUGUGCAAACAUUCUCCCUUAA